UCGAAUCAUAACCCUCAAACCCCAACAACAGCUAAAAAACACUUCAGGCACUCCAGGCAUGAGCACUGACCUUAAAAGAACGUUGUCCAGUGAGUUGUUGACUAAAGAAUGUUAUUAGUGUGACAAAUCCCGAUAAAAUGAAGGAAAUAGUGGCUCCACAGCAGUCUAAUCACUCCCUGACGAAUCAUUUUGCGACGAACAACGGUAAUCCAAGUGGAAACAGUGUGACAAAUGGAAAUAAUCAGAGAAGAUAUGCUGUCCUCAGCACCGAGUGGAUAUCAACAAUCGGUGAGGAGUUGGGAAUGCACCCACUGCCUGAUUCUGUCCUGAAGAGGCUAGCUGAGGACGCCUCGUAUCGCCUCAGGGAGGUCCUCCACAAGUGUGUGACGAGACUGAGGCACAGCAAGAGGAGACGACUGACCUCAACAGACGUCAACUCAGUGAUAACCAAUCUCUGUGAUGGUGAUCCAGUCCUGGGGGUGCCAGAUCAAAUGCCAAGUUAUCACUCUGAGGCCAAAGUCUUCGUUCCCCACGAGAACUUCAUCGACCUGACGAGCAAAUCCAUCAAUCCCAUCAGUCUGUCCCAGCCUGGGGCUCCUUACCUCCAGGAAACCGAGAUCUGUGAUGCCAAAUUGACGGAGACCAGGCACAGCUAUGCCAAGAGAGCACUGAAGACCAUUUUCAAUGGAUCGCAGAAGACUUUUCAAGUUCUGUUGAACGACUGCUCGACUAAUGCACAAUUGGGGGGCGAAGGGAUCAUUGAUACUUUGAUAUCGACUGCUAGGUCAACCGUCAUCUCGAAUAAUGCUCAGUAUACUAGGGUUACCACCAGGACUUGUCAAUUGAUCAUUGCUAUUGCUUGUAAUAGUGAGGCUGUUUAUCCUUAUCAUUUGUCUUCGGUAGAAAAAUUGACUGAAUUAUUAUUGGAAUUGCUCCUCGGCUCUAGCUUUAUAAACCCCCACGUCGAGUCAUUAUUCAAAACUUGUGCACUAAAGUUGAUGCUGAGAUGGCCCUCGGUAGCAGAUAAAUUCACUCCAAUGUUGGAGGAUGUGUUCGUGAAAGAGGAAAGAGGGAGUGCAGCCACUGAUAAAAAAAGACUGACUGCUAUGGAGCUGCUGGCUGGUGUCCAGCCUCUCACGUUCUUCCAGCAGGCCCCUGGAGGUCUUUUGUCUUUAGAUAAUGUUGUUAAAUGUGCACCUUCUGGGUCAGCCCUUUGGGAACAAUUAGCCUUGUCUGUUUGUGCCUUCAUGAAGUCAAGACAGCAGGGUCUCGAUUUGUCACCCCUAAUUGAUCAUUUUGGAGACUCAAUACUGCCUUAUUUCAAUAAACAACAAAAUAGAACGGAGGAGAAUCAGGAGAAUCGAUCGCCUGUGGUUCUUCCAAUAAUAGUUAGGAGUAAAAUAAAAUAUGCAAAUAUUAGACAGAGUUUGAAAAGCAUUGGAGACAGACAAGUGACCUUUCCAGACUCGAUAUUACGAGGACCAAGAAGAGAAAUUAGGUUUGCCUUUGCUGGUGGUCGUCCAGUUCCUCCAAACAAUUUACGACGAGUUAGUUUACGUGCCAGUUACCAAAUACUCCGGAGUGAUAUGCGUGCAACAACUGCACUUGUUGCCUGCAGAAGGCUCCUCAUACUCAAGGACAAAAAAAAGAACUUCAGAGGCUCGUACAACCUAGCUAAUAUUCAUCUUUAAAUGUUAUUCAUUAAUUAUUUAUGUUUUUCAUUGAGUGUAAAUGGGAGGAUAUUCAUGCAUUCCUCAAGCCUCUGAAUCUUCAACUUUGUUGGGAAAUUUUUCUCCAGAAUAUUUAAUUGUGAGGACAUUCAUUCAUUGUUGGAAAGAAAAUUAAAACGAGAAAGUUGAUGGUAAAAAUUUUAUUUCAUUUUUAGGAUUUUUACUUUCAUUUUGAAAAUAAUUCAAUGUGGAGAAAUUGACGUAUUGAAUAACUUAUAAUAGUACAAACAUUUUUUUUACAUUAAAAUACUGAGCCAGCGUCCCAAAGCGGGUCAUUUCAUUAUUCUAAAUACAAUCGCCUUUAUUUUUCAAUUAUUCAAUUCUCAAAUCUAUUUAUUAAUACUUAUUUCUAAUUAGAGACAAUCCUGAAGACCACUCGGUAAUUCAGAUCGAGGGAGAAAGUGAGAGUUCACGAGACAGGUUUUCUUGAUGUGAAACCUCAGGGGUGCCUAUAAAAAGAAAACAUCAGAAUG